GUUACAAUGAUGGUACCUUGGAAGAUUGGUUUACACCUUCAAGAAAAGGUCGCAAAACUUCGUGGGUUAAGAUCAGAUUGGGGCCGGAGGUUCCUUAUCUUAGUGGCAUGCUGACUCCUUGCUGGAAUGGAUGGAUUGGUGAAAGUUCCAUUAAAUUGCAUAUUGGGAAGGAGGACUUCAAAAUGAGUCACUCUGCAGGUUUUUUAGGUGCUAAAUAG